CUACGACAAGGUUGCCUGAAGAUCCUCCGACUGGCCUGCUUCACCAAUGGCCAUUUUUUCCUCCUCCACAGCACCUUGUGGAAGAUCAUCUUUUUAUUCUUUCGCCUAGGAGCCAUCAAAUCAAACACACAGUUGUCCCAUCAGGUGUGCUAAUUUGUUUUUUGGCAAGGAAAAUCUCUGGUGUUUGAUUUCAAUAAAUGCACCUUUGACUUCUUGAACAACGACAAUAACACGGUUCACACCUCUUCGAACAAUGUUCGACCGAGGGUAUUUGAUGAUUUUGAUGACUAAGAAAACUAAGUUAUGUUACCCUACUCUUAUGGAGGUUCAAUGAGAGCUCUAGAAACUAAAGGCUACAACUAUGCCUACAUUGCAGAUAAAAAGAUAGAGUUUGACUGGUGUCAAAUGUUUGGUUGUGGAACCCAUUUACAAUAUUAGUUUCUCCUAUUUAUAGCCACUAUGUGUAACUGCCUUGGUAACCGCCUUUGUAACUACUAGUUGGCCUCUUGCUCCAAACCGCAUCGGGGCCCUUUGUCACCGCCUUGAUGACUAGUUGGUAACCAUCUCCUUGGGAGCCCUUGUCCCGUCUUGGGGCUGGUGGUUAUUUGAUGGUCUUGAUGUCAGUUUGGGUUGGUGUUGAGCCUUGUCGCCCUAUUAUGAUUUUGCCCCUGUACACUCUCUUCUUUGCAGAUCUGCUUCUGGAACAUCCCUGUCGGCGUCUUGGCAAAAACACCACUGGCGAUGGACAUUUACACCGACGCUGACCUUUCUUGAAGAAGCCACCUUAAUGGCGGCCAGACCCUAUUUAUGAGGAACACUCUUGUUCCCCCUAAUGGCAGCCCAUGAUGGCCCUUGCAAAUUUGCAGUCGCUGGUCACCUGCGUUGGGUUCUCCGUCCCAGCAUCCGACGCUUUCGUUGUCGUCUCCGUGGUUGUGUAUCUAAUGAGCUUGUUGAAUUUGCAUGUGCUUUUCUCUCCCCUGUUUCUUUAUUCCACUGUCUCUCUCCUUUUCCUCUUCUUUCUUGUUCGGGUUUUGGUUUGUGGGUUCAUAUCCGUAUUAGACUUUUGUAUAUCUGAGUGAGUACUUCUGUUAUGCUGGUUUUAUGUAAUUAUCAUUAUGAAAUGUCUAGAUUUUGCUGGUUUUAAGUGAACCUUGGAAUAGUGGACUCAUUGUUAACUUGUUGGGUAUGUUUCUCACAGGGAAAAGAUGUAUAAAGAAGAGUGUUGUUC